GUCUGCAAAUUAGGUUAGGUUUUUAAAAAUGAUUAAAUGUUUAUAAAAUGAAUAAAAUAAAUCGUACACAAAUAUUAAAAUUAUAUAAAGAAUUAUUAAGAUAUAGCGAAGAACUUAAAUUUACAGACAAAGAAUAUUUCCGCAAGAGAAUAAAAAAGGAAUUUCAACAAAAUAAAGAUCUUGUUGAUGAAAGCCAAAUCAGCCUUAACUACAAGAAAGGUGUUACAUUACUUCUAAAACAAGCAGUACAAUGAUUUUAUGCAGAUACCAUACUAGGGUGCAAUUACUUUUAAGAUUUAAACACACAUUAGAUUGUUCCAAAGUGCCCCCUUUGCUAGAUAAGGACAUAGAAGAGAUGCAUGUACGAGGAAGUGGACCUGGUGGUCAAAAAAUAAACAAAACUGCCAAUUGUGUAGUAAUGAAGCAUAUACCAACUGGAAUUGUUGUAAAAUGUCAAGAAACCAGAGAAUUGCACAAAAAUCGAGUAAUAGCUCGCAGCCUUCUUCAAACAAAGCUAGAUAACUUUAUAAAUCGAGAAAACAGUUUAGAAGCCCAAAUGAAAGUCCGUAAUGAAAAGAAAAGUCUUGUGAGAGACCAGAAAAGAGAAAAACUACAGAAAUUAAAGGAAGCUUGGAAGAAUCGAGAGUGUAGCAGUCUAGAUCAAAAAGUGUAACAAUUAAUAAAAUACUUUCAGUUAUAUAUGUUUUUAUUAUUAGAAAACAACAUGGAGCACAAAGUUAAGUUAGUAGAGAUGUGCUAUUUAGUGAACUUUCUAUCCAAACAAAAAAUGGAACAUUAAAACUAUGAAAAAACAAAAAAAGUGUUUAGUGGUUUUAUUUUCCAAUAAAUCAAUAUAUAAGCUUCUACUAC